UGAACGGAAAAGCGUAUGUUUAUAAACACGACUCUUGGCAGAGGACAAGUAAGAAGGCCUGAAGCCAAGCCAAGCCAAGCCAAGCAAAGGCUGCGCGUUAAUAAAAGGAAAAUGGAGCAGGUGGCAAACUUGUUGCAGAGGGCGGCGAACAGCAACGCCGUUAUAAACACUCUUCUUGCCAGCGUCUUCGCUGUGUUGAGUUUACGAUCGGUGGAGCAGCAGCGUCAAAUCGAGGCAUUGGAGGCGGAGAAGGACUCGCUCGUCAAAGCCAACAAGGGUUUGAAGAAAACAAUUUGGGAUUGGAAGCAGCAGCUGUUUUCUGAGGCGGAGGCGAAUCCACAAAACGCUUUCGUUCCUCUUUCCACCCUCAAGGUCAUCUAUGGCGAAGCCACUCCCGCCGCCUCUGUCAUCGCCGGUGGAGCUGAUAAGGGAGAUGCGAAGUCAACUGCAUCAAAGAUUAUGAUCUGAAAGCUGUGUUGUAUUCUUUGUAAUGAUCCAGAAACAGAAUUUACGGUUAGGAAGAAACCGAAAAAACCAAAAAAAUGACAUUGGCUUCGAAGUGAAAAGUUUGCUUAGUAGGCAUCAAACUAGAAAAAAUUGGGAUUUGAGAACCUGUGAAAUGGUGCCAUUUUUGUGAAGAUCAGUUUACAGUAAGUCAGUAACCAGAUUUUGGCCUGUCUCUGUGAAGAAUUAAAUAAAUUAUCACCGUCCUUUUGGCCUUUUGCUUUUUGAAUUUUCCUGCCAAAUUACUUUAGGCAUUUCUUGAA